AUGGGUUUGUUUGCUUCCAAGUUGUUUAGCAACCUGUUUGGUUCUAAAGAAAUGCGUAUUCUUAUGGUUGGUCUAGAUGGUGCUGGUAAGACCACUGUUCUUUACAAGUUGAAAUUGGGUGAAGUUAUCACCACUAUUCCAACCAUUGGUUUCAAUGUCGAGACUGUGCAAUACAAGAACAUUUCCUUCACUGUCUGGGAUGUGGGUGGACAAGACAGAAUCAGAUCUCUAUGGAGACACUACUACAGAAACACCGAAGGUGUUAUCUUCGUUGUUGACUCUAACGAUAGAUCCCGUAUUGGUGAAGCCAGAGAGGUUAUGCAAAGAAUGUUGAACGAGGAUGAAUUGAGAAACGCCGUGUGGUUAGUGUUCGCCAACAAGCAAGAUUUGCCAGAAGCCAUGUCUGCUGCCGAAAUUACCGAAAAGCUUGGUCUACACUCCAUAAGAAACCGCCCAUGGUUCAUCCAAGCCACUUGUGCUACUUCCGGUGAAGGUUUGUAUGAAGGUUUGGAAUGGUUGAGUAACAACUUGAGCAACCAAUCAUGA